CGCGCGUCCUACAGCAACAACAACAACAACGCUGUCCUACCUUAUCCAGAAGCGGCUGCAUUCGAAAAAUGGCGUCCGCACAAGAUGUGGUCAGCAACAAGAAGUUGCGAAUGUUCACCUGUCUUACAGUGCUCGUCCUGAUUUUCCUCGCGGGACAUCUGUUGUGGACUAACGGUAUACAGAAACAGCUACCAAGGUCCCUGUUCUUCAACGAGAAGUGGCACAACAAGAUACUAACUUCUGAGUCUUUGAAGAACAACAAAGACCACAUAUGGUUCCUCGAAACAUCCUACAGACGGAGACUCAAGGCCAGGGAAGCCUGCAGCAUUGAGUCGGCUUGCCGACACAAUGCCGACUACACGGUGCAUCUGCUUUCUACAGGAAACAUCAGCUCCUCUUACUGUCCUUAUCAUCGCCUACUUUCAAAACUGCCGAAUUUUCGCUCGGCGGGGCUCAAUGCGAGGAAGGAACUUGCGGCGACUCCAUUAGCCAAACUGCACGCCAAAGAGGGAGCACUAAAUCGGAGUCCUGAUAAAGUGGAACAUCUGAGUGACUUUCUGCGCUGUGUCGUGCUUUGGAAGCGCGGUGGCGUAUAUUUGGACAUGGACGUGAUCGUAAUGAAGUCGCUGAAAGGAAUAAGAAAUAGUGUCGUCUACGAGAACGAAAACGGGAGUGUGGCUAAUAGUAUACUAUUCUUCGACAAGAAGCACCCAGUGCUCAGAGCGCUUAUCGAUGAAUGCGCGCGCGUAUACAAUCCCGGUGUUUGGACCUCAUGCGGGCCCCUUUUGAUGUCGCGGCUGCCUUCAGACGCAGUAUUCUCUCGGCGCAUAAAUUUCCUGCACCCGUCCACCUUCUUCGGCGUUGGAUUUCCAUCCUGGCGGAUAUUGUUCGAUCCCUCAAAAGUACCCGCGGUGUUUAGGGCAAUAAACGGCAGCCACGGCGUUCACAUUUGGAACAAGCUGAGCGCAAAGAAACGGGUGGUAGCCGGAUCUGGUUGUGCCAUAGACAUUCUCGCCCAUGAACACUGUCCGCAAGUCUACAAGUUAGCCGCCUUAAAGAAAUAUAUUUGAAUAAAUUUUAUCCAGAAAUUCUAGCCUACCUUGUGUAGGCGAAGGAAUGCCAUAGUAAUUAUUUCUUUUGAUACAUCCUGCCAUGACGAAUACCUUCACUUGGUCCUAGCAAAAAAUGUUUCCCAUGACCGCUUGUGUGAUGCUGGCAAUGAGUGAGCAGAAAAUGUGCACAUUAAAGCCUGCAUUGCAAUCAUCCACUAAUAAAU